AUGGGCUAUGAAAUAUCAGUGGAUUGCUUUGAUAUUGUCAAGUCAAUGUUCAAGUACCCAUGGCUGGAAUAUCAAAACAGGACCAAAGAAUUCAGGAAAGUCAUGACUCCUGUUCUCCUGCCCCUGUCCUAUUACAAGAUGGUAAAGGAAGAGUUUCCCCCAAAUCCAGAGUACUGGAGGAUAUAUCCAUGCAGGCCAAAUGCAAUCCCUUUCUGCCGCUCAAAGAAACAGGAUCUCUUCUUAAAUUGGCGCAUUCUGCAUGAUCAACGCAAGGAACGGGAGUCCCACAAGAUAAUACAGAAAAAAAGAAACCUCCCUAGAUACUUCAAAGACAGUGCCCAAAUCCCAAACCUCCAUGUUUCACUCAGCGAGUUGACUUUAAAAUCUAAGGUGGAAACCAGGUCCUUAGGUCCUACCAGGGACCCCCUGAAGUGGCAAAGAUUAAAGGAACUCACAACCAGCCUGAAAUCUCCAAGAGAGGAUGAGCAGCACUAUGCAGCCUAUGCUCUGGGACAACUGGGCAUCAAUGACGAGUCUGUUGUAGACACACUAUGGCAGGUGGCUCAAACUGGUUCAGCAAAAGUGAAGGAUGAGGCCUAUCGAGCCCUGGCCAUCCUGGGUUGCCUGAAUAAGCAUGUGAUCCAGGCUCUCAUCAAACAGCUGACAGGACAAAAUGAGUGCAAAAGGAUGGAGACUCUAACGGGGCUACGAGUGGCUCUCAACUCUUGGGCUGCUGUGCCUAAAAGCAAGAGGUCUGAAGUUGGAGCUGAAGAAAAGUUAGCGCUUGUGCUGCAGGCACUGAUAAAUAAGUCAUUGAAUUAAGUAUCCCUAGAAGCAGCCCUGUGUUUGGGUUUUCUGAGGCCCUGUAGCAACACAGUUCAAGAGUUCCUGCUGCAAAGUCUGUACCAAGGGCCCAUGACCCAGAGAAUGAAGGCACUUAGGAUGCUGGUAAAGAUAAUGCAUAUACAUUCAGCUACAGUCACCAAGCCCAUUCUGGAUCAGCUAUGCUCUUCUGAUGUCCUUGAUGAUCGUUUUGAAGCCACCCAGAUGCUCAAGACCAUUGGGCUGGAAGAGAUCCAGGCACAGGGGCUAGAGGAACUCACAUUCGACCUGCUCAAGAAGAAGAUGCACAAUGAACCCUUCCUAACAAUGAGGCAAGCUAUGGCUGGAACAGCAGAAAAGCUCAAGAUGAAGCCUUUGAUGAUGGACUUGAUGGAGGCGCAACUGAUGAGCCCAAAUGCCAGUGAUCGCCAGGAAGCAGUCAUCUCUUUGGGUGCACUGGGAAUCCGUAACCCACAAGUGUUCCACCUGCUUGAGAACCAGUCUGUGAAGAAGAGUCUACAAGAUACGUUGUGGGCCUCAAUCCAUCCCUGGAUCCAAAACAAGCUGAAGAAUAAGGUUUUCUUUGUGUAUGACAUACCUAAAAAAACUGUGAAGGCCAAGCCCAGAAGGUUCCAGAAGGAGCCUGACGACCUAGAAGAUUUACACAUUCGAGACUUUCGACUUGCUAAGCUGAGUCCCUUGUUUAUUGCAAAGGCCGGCAACAAGGUAGGCCAAAAGAAGGAGCUGCCUGCUUUCUCAUUCUAUUUCUCUAAACCACAAAAGCAAAAGCCACAGGCCACAGGGCCUUGGCAGCCAAAAGUCAGGGAACAGCUUCGGAACUUGGUGAAAUCUCAAAAUAGGUUCGUUUCUUCGGCCUAA